UGAACCAAAUGUUUUCUGGCCAGGUAGUACACUCGAUGACCGCCAGAGCCGGACCAACCGUUUCUUUUUGAAAUUUCCCUCUCUUGGCGGCGUUGCCAUUCUCCUGCCGACACCAUCGGAUCGAGCACUGAGCGGACUAGUCUGGUGGCGACGGUGAACGUGGCAUUGCCUACCUGUUGCUCUUCGCGUUCGCGUGUGCUCUUCUCGGUUACAGUGUUUUACAGUGGUGCAUUGCACGAUUUGUGUGAGUUGCCGGUUGUUACGGUACCUAUUACACUUUCGCGAUUGCGUUUUUCACGAUUUGGUUUUUCAUCGCACUGUGGAAUUGUUAUCGCGUCCAGGAUACGCUGUUGUUGCUUGUUUCCUCCAGAUUUAAUUAAGUUGUUUUCUUUUAUUAGUGAUGCUGGUGUGAUAUAGUUCAAGGUAUUAAUACUAGGUACUCUCAAAAUAAUCAGUGUUGGAAGAAAUAUUUGGAAAUACUUUUCUUGAGAUAUCAGAGUAACAUAGCUCAAACACUUCGUAGCACAUUUUCAAAUACAGUGCUCUGGGAAUAGGCUAUUUCAUCCAGAAAAUACAAAAAACCCAAAAGUGACAAAUAAGUGAAAAGUGCGUGAUUUUUACUGGAAGUGAAGCGUGUGCGCUGGAGUGUCUUUGUUUUUCUGUACCUCUCAAGAAGCCAAACUGUCAGAAGGAAUUUACAACCCGGUCGACCCUGGACAACGAGGACGAGGUGGCGGCCCCGACACCAGAAAUGGAAUGAAGGAGCCGGGAUUCUUCGGGGACUCGCUGCGGGACGGGGUGGAGUUGACGCUGAGCGAGCUGGAGGAGAUGGCCUGCAGGCAACAGCAGCAGAUCGACUCCCAGCGCCAACUGCUAGCAGCGAAGGAGCAGCGGCUGAGGUUCCUCAAGCAGCACGAGGCGCGGCAUCAACAGGUGGCUGCCGAACACGAGCGACUGCGCAGGCUCAGAGACCGCGUCGAGGCGCAGGAACUGAAACUGCGCAAGCUCAGAGCACUGCGCGGUCAAGUCGAUCAGAACAAGCUCAACAACGCUUCUCUUACAUCGGACUUGGAUUCUAUACGUGCCUUGUUCAAUGAGAAGGAGAAGGAGUUGUCGGUGGCGGUGGCGAAGGUGGAGGAGUUGACGAGACAACUGGAGGAGUUGAGGAGAGGGAGGAGGGAGUCCACCCCUCCCUCCACGGCUCAGGAACUAGAUAAACUCCGGAGAGAACUCAUGUACCGGAACAAGGUGAAUGAACAGCAAAAUGCCCGACUGACGCAGCAGAGGGAGGCCCUGUCUCAGCGGCAGGAGGAGAUGGCAAGUAUAGACAAGCGGAUAUCGGAGCUGCAAGACCGAUUACACCGCAAGCGUCUGCUCAACCAACAGUUGGCUAACCAGAUCACAGCAGCCAGCAAUAAGGCCAACACCUCGCACCAACACCAGCUCAGGAGUGCGUUGAGUGCCUCAGCAAUCCAGUACCAUCAGCAGCAGCAGCAUCUGUAUCAGCAGCAUGGACCAGCACCCACCAAGCAGAUCCUAAGACCACUGACUGCAGGCAACAUAGCAGCCAUCGAGCCGUACCACCAUGUCCCCUCUUCCUCCCCCAGCGAUGGAGACAAUUACCAAAAACCUCAGCCACUGCCAACAAGACAACCUUCAGGUCAACUCCGACCGGAGAAACCCGAGAGAGAAGCCAAGGACUCCUUCCUGAACAGGAGGAACCACCCCAUGGAGGCCGUCGGUUCCGAGCAGAUCUACAACCACGAGAGGCUCACGGGCUCUCAGGACGAUUUCAACAUGAAGUUAGCGGCCGUCAACAAGAACCAACCCCCGAACCAAAACAGUUCACCGGUCGAUGACGGGUACAAAGUGAAAGAAGACAAAAGUGAACUGGUAGAGAACUUACCGGAGUUCGGUGCCAGUAAAUCGGACCCAAAAUAUCAAACAUUGCCUUAUAACACAAAAUUUACCGUGAAUUACGUAACGCACCCGACGAUGGGAGUGAAGGGUAUGGUCCCACAGAGGAGGCCACCAGGGGAAGGGGGGGAGAAUGUGGUCUGUGAUUCAAUAGAAAUGGUUAAAAACAAUAACAAUAGUGUAAAUCAUGUAAACAACAAUGUGACUCAACAACAGUUAAUGAAUGUGGUGCAUAGUAUACCGAUACCGACUGGUGUCAACAAGGGACUAGCAACCCCACUUGCCAACCAGAGUAAGCUGUCACCCUCUAUGAUGUCUUCAUCCUCGUCCACCUCCUCCACCUCGUCACUGUCAGUUCUGGGCAAUUUGGCACCCAGGGUGUACAACACGACAGGACUGGGAGUGUCUCUCCUUAGCCGGGGACAGCCAGUGGGCAACUCCUCUCCUACCUCCUCCAUCGCCACCAACAGCAGCACAAGUUCAACCUCCAGCCACCAGACGGUGGUUCCCACCAAGUCUAUUGUCAACCCCCUUCUUUCCAAUGGUAUGCCCCCUCUAACUACUAAUGUAACGCAUGAUCCUUCGCCCCAUUCUGUUCCGCCGGUGACGGUGUCUAGCUUCUUCCUGCCUCCAACUUCUCUCUCUGAACAGUUUCAGAAGCCUGUAAGCAGUGUAGCCCCCACUUCGGUACAGCUACCAUCGCCUAUCUACCAAACAUCAUCCACUAAGAUCCAUCCGGUACAACCCCAGACUCUCAGCUCCACUCCACAGGGUAUUCUUCGGGACCAAAAAGAAGAGUUGCCUUUACCGCCAGCCCAGGGUGAGCCACCUGACUCGCCCCUGAAGCCCGCCCUCCCGCCCAAACCUGCGCUGCCAGUAAAGCCUACACCCCCACCACCUCCUCGACAGGCCCACUGGGCGGGGGAGAGUACGGAUGAAGAGGAUAGUAAGAGGCCCAGCAGAGCUCAAGUAGACAUCUCGUCCGAGGCUGUAGACACGGCGCUCAGUGUUCUCAGGGGAACAGCUAUCUCAUCCUCUAGAGGGAGUGACUACCCGGCGGCCUUGAAGCCUGGACAUCUCUACCAACCUCAGCAGCCUGUGUCUACCAGUGCCACCUUAGUGGUCACCUCGGACCAGGUCCCCCCUCCACCACCCACCACCGAGCCCCCCUUGGAGGACACGAUACCUAAGAGGCCUCAAGACCAAAUAAUAAAAGCCCGACCUCUGACAAUCAAGAAGCAGCCACCCUCGGAGAUCCCUAGGUUAAGAAAUGGAGGUUUCUUAAUCACUCAAGGAUCAGAAGUCAAGAGUACAAAGGAAGAAGCGGAGGGAAGCGACGGCCACUACAAUGUAGAGCCCAGUGUGUUCAGCUCCAGCAGGAGGAUAGAGAUGCCGCCAGCGUUUCUGUUUCCGGAGACGGAAGCUCCACCGGCAGAUCUGGUGUCAACAUCGGAGGGUACUGAUCAGACAGACAGAGUAGGUCCCCCCAGCCCUGAGGAUGUUCACAAUGAGGACAGCCAUCAGAGCGACAAGAGUUCAGAAGAAAGCACUGAUGUUGAGACAAGAAAUAACCUCAAUAAAGACCAGACAGGUGACAUGUUGGUAAUGAGGCGAGCAAAGAAGGGCAACUUGAAGGGUGGCUCUGGGGGUCACAAGCAGGUAACGCGGAGAGUGUCAUUCGAUCCUCUGGCACUGCUUCUGGACGCAUCACUGGAGGGAGAGUUGGAGCUUGUGGUGAGGACAGCAGGACAAGUGCGAGACCCGAGUGCGGCCAACGACGAGGGGAUCACAGCACUGCACAACGCCAUUUGUGCAGGACACCUUGACAUUGUCAGGUUCCUCGUCCAGUUCGGGUGUGAUGUCAAUGCCCAAGACAGCGAUGGAUGGACACCACUACACUGUGCGGCAUCUUGCAACAACCUAGGCAUGGUGAGGUUCCUGGUGGAGCAUGGAGCUUGUAUCUUCGCGACGACGCUCAGUGACCACGAGACAGCAGCUGAGAAGUGUGAAGAAGACGAGGAAGGCUUUGAUGGCUGUUCUGAAUACCUUUACAGUGUCCAAGAAAAGUUGGGAAUUCUUAACAGUGGAGCUGUAUACGCAGUGUUCGACUACGAAGCUCACAACUCGGAUGAGCUGAACUUCAAGGAAGGCGACAGACUCAUUGUACUCAGGAAGGGGGACGAGUGGGAGAGAGAGUGGUGGUGGGCGAGACUCAGUGACAGGGAAGGUUACAUCCCUCGUAAUCUGUUGGGGCUCUAUCCGAGAGUACAUGCCAACAAGAGCUCUGAAUGAUGUUUCGAGUCUCAACACGAGAAAACAUGACAUCUUGCCAGUAUAAUACUUAUUACUCCUAUACAUAGUUCUUUGUUACUAUGUUUCUACUUUCGUUUAGGAGCAUGUUAGAUGGUCAAAGUGGAGUUCAGUUAAAAUUUUAAAAUCCUGAUUGUUUUGUAAUUUUUAAAUAUAAUUUUUACAAUGUUUUAAGUUCUUUAGCAGUUGAGUUGAGUUUUUCACUUUAGAGUUAAAGUUUGAGAAAUUUUGUAUUGCAAAAAUGUUGCAUAUUAACAAAGUUUAGGGUAAAUUGUUAUUUUAAGUCUGUUUAUCAAAAACUCUUGUUGUAACGUUAUCAAUCACUAAAAAGGCUUACAUUUCAAGUGAAAAGUAGGUCUAGUAACUGUCUGCACCUUCUGUAGCAACUGCAAGAGACUACUGGUUGUAUAUCUCAUAUCAACUACACUUCUCCAUAUCACUGUCCACUCGCUCUCAUGUCAGAGACAACUUUCUUCAGUUUAGAUCACGAUUGAGGCCUUGUUACAGAUUAUUGUUUUUAUCUUUACUGUAGGAUCUUUUAAUUUUGUCCCAGGAGGCCUUAUUUUAAAUAUUCAAAAGAAUCUCGAAGGGCCACUGUUAUUGUACCUGUUUUCAAUAUUUAUUUGCACCCUCAUCACGAGUAGACUCUUGAUGUCUUAUAGAGACACUGAUACACCCAGUAUGUGGCGACUGCAACUUUGUAAAUACAGAUUAUUCAGUAAUUAUUGUGUACGAUAUUUAAAUAUAAACUAGACCAAAUUUUAAAAUAUUGUAUUUUAUAGAAAGAUAUGGAAUUUGUAAGAUUACUUUGUCUAUGUUUUGUAUAUUGUAAAAAUUGAAUUCAUAUAAAAUGUUGUAUAUCAAAUUACCUAUGGAACAAAUGUGCCUUUAACUACAUAUAUGAGACAGAUACUCAAAAUGUAAUCAUUUAUAUUGUUAUAAUAUGUGUAAACUAUUUUACAUAAAACUAUUACAUUGUGAUUCAAAUCAAAGAUCUAGCAAGGCUAGAUAAAGGUUUAGGUAAAUUGUAAAGAAUUAAAUAAAUAUAUUGUACAUUUUGUUGCUGCUUAUGCACAUAA